AUGACCAAUGGUGUAAUGCUUCAUCGGCAGGUAUUUUCCAAGUACGUAAGUAAGUGGAUCGGCAUCGCUUGCCCUUUUCAAGGUGCACCAGGAUGCAUCAAUGAUUCUCUCUUAACUGGACUGCAAUUUGUUGAAGGCUUUGAAAGCUUUUUCUUUGUGAAGAGGUGGACAAUGCAUCAGCUGAAAAUUAAGAAUCCCAACUACCAGCGCAAGUGGAAGACACCUAUGAUUGAUAACCCAGAGUUCAAAGAUGACCCUGAAAUCUAUGUUUUCCCGAAGUUGAAGUAUGUGGGCAUUGAUUUGUGGCAGGUGAAAUCUGGAACCCUGUUUGACAAUGUCUUGAUUUGUGAUGAUCCGGAUUAUGCGAUGAAGCUGGCAGAGGAAACAUGGGGCAAACAAAAGGAUGCUGAGAAGGCAGCAUUUGAUGAGGUAGAGAAGAAGAGAGAGAAGGAGGUAUUAUUUUUUGAAUCAAAGGAUGAUCCUGUAGAUUCUGAUGCUGAAGGUGAUGAUGAUGAAAUUGACAAAGAUGCUGAUAUUACAGAAGAGAGUGCACAUGAUGAGUUGUAG